AUGGGAAAGAGUAUUGCAAUUGAUGAUAUAGAUCAAUGGGUAUUGGAAUAUAAUGUUGAAAAGAUAACAUCGUUGCUUGAUGCUGGUUAUGAUGAUGUUGAGUUGGACGUAAUCAAACUUGCACAUAACAUUGUCACUGGUAACCUGUGGCAAUCAAUACAGACAUCACCAUUCAUAACUGCACUGUUCAACUAUGACAAGUUGGAGAAAGACGAUACAACUGCUGAAGACUACUUCUUCAAUCUAAACCAAGCUAUUGAGGAUUUAGAUGAGUCAUCAGAGAAUCAACUUGCACUUCUGUUGACAGGUAUCACAUUCUUGAACGUCUACAUUCAAAUCAACUGGACUGGACCAGGUCCAAAGGAGGUGCCUCAGUUCAAUAAUACACAAAGAUAUAAAGAGAUUAAGAGCUUGUUGGAGGUCGAUGGAGAGCCUAUUUAUACAAAGGUUGUUCAUCCAGAGUUCUUGUACUUGGCUAGAUUGUGCUUGGUGGACAACUAUGCAAAGUUGGACAGUUGUCGCUCAAGUUGUUGGUGGAGUUGUCGCGCAAUGAUGUAUCAUCAACGCUCGCUACCCAACCCAACACCAUCACUAAAGUCGGCAAUGGCCGAGCGUUUCCAGAUUGUAAACAGAUUCUUUGUCGAUGUCGACCCUGAGACUGACCGCGCGAUCGAUCUGGCGGCCAGCGCAGCGAUCGAGAGCUCAUUGACAUACUUGCUAUUCAAACAGAAGGCCAAGGUCGCCGAGACCCUGGAGCAGGCGACCAAGGUCUCUGGCCUGAUCGCCACAUUGACGGGCGCGCUCGGUCGUCGUACCCGUUUCCAAACCUUUGACACGGCUCAACUCGUGUUGGAUGUGACAAAGUCAAGAGCAAGCGAUGCUCCAGCGACCAAAGCAAAUAUCGACAGUGACAGCAUGGACACUGAGGCCGAUCCCGAGCCAGAACAAGACAUGGAUCACGAGGACUUCAAGCAAUCAUACUGA